GCGCUGCUAUUAUUAUAUAACUCCGGUCCCUCCUCGGUGAUAGCCUGUCUGACUUCUUCUGGUUACAUCAAAACUUACUCACUCCUUACCUCUUCGUUCAUUGUCUGUGAACCCUUUCUAUCUCCUCUCAUACUCACCAUGUCUCUCAAGAACGACGCUUUCCCUUCUUCUGCCGCCUUCGACGCCAUCAACUCGACUCUACAGGCUGAUGCUGCCGAGCGCAAAGAGGCCAUCAACAAGGCUAAGGCGGUCGUCGCUUUCAACAUCAAGAACGACAAGGGCCAAGAAGAGAGCUGGUAUCUCGAUCUCAAGGACAAGGGUGUCGUGGGCAAGGGUGCUGCUCCCGAGGGAGGAAAGGCUGAUGUGACUCUUUCCCUUUCGGAUGCUGAUUUCACUGCCCUCGUAAGCGGCAAGGCCAACGCUCAGAGACUUUUUAUGGGUGGAAAGCUUAAGAUUAAGGGCAACAUUAUGAAGGCGACCAAGAUGGAGCCCGUCCUGAAGAAGGCACAGGGCAAGGCCAAGCUAUAGAUACCCGAUUUUUUGCUCGUUAUUUUUUUGCUACAGUUGAAACAUCGACAGUGAAACACUGCUGUUAUUAUAUUCUUUCUAUUUACCAUUUGGUAUCUUUUACUGUAGGUCACUGGGCACUGCUCGUGUAUUUCGUCAAGGACUAUCUAUGUGCUAGGGGGUAGGCUUAAGAAUGCUGCGACGUCAUUUCAGUCAGUUGCUUCUAGUGCUCACCAAAGCUGUAUGAUGAUUAGGAAUUACAACUAGGGUGAGGAAGAGACAAUUUCGGAGAAAGGGCAAAUUUUGAAUUUAUGGCCAUGUUUUGUCACGUCAAUCUACA